CCGUGCCUCAGGGUGUGCUGCUUCUGCCCCUGCCUGUCCCUCCUCUCCCGCCGUCAGUGGGGCCCGGGCUGAGGCGGUAGCUCCGGCCAUGGUGCGGGGCGGGGCGGCGGUGUUGCGGAAGUAUGGCAACUUCGUCGAUGAUUUACGGCUCUAUGUGAGAGGAGGAAGUGGUGGCAUGGGUUAUCCUCGCCUGGGUGGGGAAGGAGGAAGAGGUGGCGAUGUAUGGUUCGUUGCCCAGGAAAGAAUUACCUUAAAGAGCAUUAGGGAGAAAUACCCUCUGAAGCGAUUUGUAGCUGGAACAGGAGCCAACAGCAGUGUUAAAGCACUAAAAGGUGAAAAAGGAAAAGACUGUGAAGUUCGUGUGCCUCUGGGAAUUUCAGUUCUCUGUGAUGAUGGCAAGCAGAUUGGAGAGCUUAAUGCAGCAGGAGAGAGAUUCUUGGCAGCACGUGGAGGUCUUGGAGGCUGUUUGGCCACAAACUUUGUGCCUUGCAAAGGUCAGAGGCGAAUUGUUCGUCUUGAUUUGAAACUUAUAGCAGAUGUUGGCUUAGUUGGGUUUCCAAAUGCGGGAAAAUCAUCCUUGUUAAGUAAGGUUUCUCAUGCCAAACCUGAGAUUGCAAAUUAUGCAUUUACGACAGUACAGCCUCAACUAGGUAAGAUCAUGUAUGCGGAUUAUAAGCAGAUCUUGGUAGCUGAUCUGCCAGGACUGAUUGAAGGUGCACACGUAAACAGAGGGAUGGGCCACAAAUUUCUCAAACAUGUAGAAAGAACCAAACAGCUUCUCUUAGUUGUUGAUAUUUCUGGGUUUCAACUGUCUGUUAAGACUCAGUUCAGAACAGCCUUUGAAGCUAUACUGCUUCUAACAAAGGAGCUGGAACUGUACAAAGAGGAACUGCUAACAAAGCCUGCGCUUCUUGCCAUUAAUAAGAUGGAUUUGCCUUGUGCAAAGGAUAACUUGAACGAACUUAUGAAACAACUACAGAAUCCUCAAGACUACUUACACUUAGUAGAAGAAGAAAUGAUUCCCGCAAAUACACUCGAAUUCAAAGAUAUAAUUCCUAUAUCUGCACAAACUGGAGAAGGAAUUGAGGAAUUGAAAGCGAGUAUAAGAAAGUCCAUAGCUGAGGAAGCAGAGCAGGAGAAUGAAGAAUAUCGGAAAAAGAAACUACUACUUCUACAUGCUUCAGAAGAACAGAUGAAUAGAAGAUAGUAUUCGUGGCUGGAUACAACACAUUUUAGUAUUUUCCGUAAUAUGUAUGAACCCGUUUAAUUUUUGUUCCCUUUGCCACCACUGCCCACUUCUCUGCUCCCUCCCCCACGUUGGUUCAGUGUCUUUUGGCACUUGGGUAGAGCACAGUGGGGAAAAAAACAGGGUUUUGUGAUUUACCUUGACUACCGACUCAACAGAGUAAAGAUCAAAGUAUGUGCAACUCAAAGUAUUGCUUAACAA